AUGGGCAGUCUAAGGCCCUGGGCCCGAUAUGGGCUCCUAGUUGUGGGCCACCUGCUGGCCCUGGGGGUUGGGGCUAUGGUGCUCCAGGCCCUGGAGGGACCUCCAGCACUCAGACUCCAAGCUGAGCUCAGGGCUGAACUGGCCAUCUUCCAGGCCAAACAUGGGGCCUGCCUGGCACCUGGGGCACUGAAGGAGCUGCUGGGCGCUGCCCUGGAAGCCCAGACCCAUGGGGUCUCCACCCUGGACAACAGCUCGAAGGACAGGAACUGGGAUCUACCCUCGGCCCUGCUCUUCACUGCCAGCAUCCUCACCACUACGGGCUAUGGCCACAUGGCCCCAUUAUCCACAGGCGGAAAGGCUUUCUGUGUGGUCUAUGCGGCCCUGGGGCUGCCAGCCUCCCUAGCACUUGUGGCCACUUUGCGCCACUGCCUGCUACCUGUGCUUAGCCGCCCAGGUGCCUGGGUAGCAGUUCAUUGGCAGCUGGCACCGAACAGGGUUGUGCUGCUGCAGGCAGUUGGACUGGGCCUGCUAGUGGCUGGCAUCUUCAUGCUGCUGCCAGCAAUAGUGCUGUGGGGUGUACAGGAAGACUGCAGCCUGCUGGAAGCCAUCUACUUCUGCUUCAGCUCACUCAGCACCAUUGGCCUGGGGGAUCUGCUGCCCAGCCACGGCCAAGGCCUGCAUCCAGCAAUUUAUCACCUUGGCCAGCUUGCACUUCUUGGUUACUUGCUCCUAGGGCUUCUGGCCCUGCUGCUGGCUGUAGAGACCUUCUCAGAGCUGCCACAGGUCCGUGCCAUGAAGAAGUUCUUCAGGUGCAGUGGCCCUUUCACUGCUGAGGACCAAGGUGGUAUCCUGGUCCAGGAUGAGCUGGCUCUGAGCACCCUGCCACCCACAGCCCUAGCCUCAGAACAAGCCCCAGCUUGCUGACAGGUGUCAGCUCCUUUAAGGUGGAGGAGCAGGAAGAAGGAAGCAGCCAGG